AUGGCUUCACACCACUCUUUCUUCUUCUCCUUCUUCUUCAGCAUUCUCACCCUCACACAUUCUUCAACGGAGUACCUCAAGUUGCCGUUACUCCCUACAACCUCACUCUCCAACACCUCCCACAUCCUCGCCGCUGAUCUCCGCCGCCUGUCCAGCCGCCGCACUUCGCCUCAGUCCCCGCUCACUUCAGGCGCCGCCACGGGCUCCGGGCAGUACUUUGCGGACCUCCGAAUCGGAUCCCCGCCGCAACGCCUUCUCCUAGUGGUCGACACAGGCAGCGACCUCGUCUGGGUAAAAUGCUCCGCCUGCCGGAACUGCUCCACCCACCGUUCCGGAUCCGCAUUCCUCCCCCGACAUUCCAUAACCUUCUCCACCCACCACUGCUACGACUCGCAGUGUCGACUCGUUCCUCAUCCCACUGCGACACACUGUAACAAUCGCACCAAACUUCACACACCAUGCCGCUACCAAUAUUCCUACGCGGACGGGUCCACCACAACGGGCCUCUUCUCCAAGGAAACGACGACGUUCAACACCAGCUCUAACAAACAAGUGAAAAUUAAAAACUUCGCCUUCGGGUGCGGGUUUAAAACCUCAGGCCCCAGCGUAACAGGCUCCAGCUUCAACGGCGCGCAGGGCGUAAUGGGCCUGGGCCGCGGGCCCAUCUCGUUUACUUCCCAACUUGGCCGCAAAUUCGGGAACACCUUCUCUUAUUGUCUACUUGAUUACACCCUAUCCCCGCCCCCCAAAAGCUAUCUCACCAUCGGAGCCUCCUCCAACGAUGUCGAUUCCCGGAAGCUUUUCAGUUACACGCCAUUUGUCACUAACCCUCUCUCUCCCACGUUUUAUUACAUCACCAUCGAGAGUGUCUCCGUCGACGGCGUUAGGUUACCGAUAAACCCUUCCGUUUGGGGGAUUGACGUCAACGGAAACGGCGGCACUAUCGUGGAUACUGGCACCACGCUCUCGUUUUUCGCGGAGCCAGCUUACAGGCAGAUUUUGGCAGCGGUCCGGCGGCGUGUGAAGCUUCUAGUGGCGAAGGACGCCGCCGCACUCGGGUUCGACCUUUGUGUUAAUGUCUCCGGCGCGGCGAGGCCGAAGCUGCCGAAGCUAAGUUUCGUCCUUGCUGGAAAAUCGGCGCUGUCGCCGCCGACAGGAAAUUAUUUCAUUGAGCCGGUGGAGGGAUUAAAGUGCCUCGCGGUACAGCCGGUUCGACCGGGUUCUGGUUUUUCUGUGAUUGGGAAUUUGAUGCAGCAGGGGUACCUGUUUGAAUUCGAUUUGGACCGGUCGCGGAUGGGAUUCUCGCGUCACGGAUGUGCGGUUCGCUAA